CCUCUCAUAUUACUGUUCUAUCUGACACAAUGUUCGAAUCAAUUAGGUUUCAAUUGGAACUGGGUAUCAAGACAAGUACAGUAAGGUAAGAUGUAAGGAAUGAGUGCUAUAAAACAAUAUAAUGACUGGAAUCGGCCUCAUUGAAGGAGGAUCGACAGACUUACUCACUACGAACGGCAGACAACAGCUUGGAUCACCGUGGCUCGAGCUUGAACGAGGAUCGACACUCACUCACUGCAAACGGCGAGCAACAGCUUGGAUCAGCAUGGCUCAAGCUCGAACGAGGAUCGACAAACUCACGUCCUGCAAACGGUGGCCGACAACUUGGAUGAGCAUGACCGUUGCUCGAACGAGGACCAACAUACUCACGAAGUCCCGCAAACGGUGGGCGAAGACUUGGAUCAACAUGGCCGUUGCUCAAACAAAGAUCAACACACUCACGUCCACCAGGCCUGCAACAAUAGCCCCAGCGUAUGAGUACUCUAGCGUUCUGACGUCUGCGCUAGAAAAAGCGCUGUCCUGGCCAAUCAACCUCGACACUCGUGAGUCAGACUCGAAUUUAAUUGAAUAGUUUGGUUUCUCCAGGAGACUCGUCGAGCGAAUUGUACCUCGCAUCCAUCAUGCCCUGCUCAGAGGCGCAGACAAACGAGGCCUGUCUGUUGAACUGGCGAUGCCGGUAAAAAUGUAUCAGCUAGUCUUUUACAGUGAGUAACACAUCUUGAACGUUGAACUCCGUUUGCCUUGAUCUCAUGCCUAAUCUUCGACACGCCUCCAUUCGACUUCUAAGACAAAUCUAUGCAGGCUGGAAUUGGAGUCCG